GACACUGAACUUCUACUUUCACUUUCACAUGCUUCAUUUCCGGUUAAAAAAAUACGCAACUCUGCGGCUACCGAUUAACUCCUAUACCAUGUACAGCUGCCGUUUGCCGGACUCAUAUUCCAAUAGCUGGUUGCAAAUAACAGCAGAGACCUAAAGUUAAUUUAGGUCUAUGAUAACAGGAAGUGUGCUAAUCGAAAAUGAAAGUAGGAUUCGGAGAAUUAAUGAUGUGAUGUUUUGAAAAACGAAAGUGAAAUGACUAUCAAAUUCGGAGAAUUCGAAAGCAGAUGUUCGAGAGGAAAGGUUGCAGGUGAUGCAGUGUUAGACAGGAACAAAGCAAAGGUUUGAUGAAAUGGAAAACAAAUGCGGAUUUUGUGAUAAGAAAACUUUGAGUCUGCGGCUGUGUUCGGCAUGUCAACAGGUUUAUUACUGUUCCACCGUGUGUCAGAGGGAAGACUGGAAACGUCAGCACAAGAUCAAGUGUAAAGAAAUUAAAAAACGUGAACAAACUGAACAAGCCAAAAAUCCGGAAGAGUUCUAUAAUAUUCCUGAUAUUGGAAGCGCAACCGGUGGACCUUUGUAUUCAUCGGAACCGGCACAUGGGCUAACACAUGACAAGUUCGUGGAAUACUUGAGACAAAAUGGAUCGAACCGCUUUUUUUGUGCCGAUAAUUUUUCAGGAAGUGUACUUAACUUUGACGACGAUCUUAAUAAACAGAGUAAUGCGAAAGAAACGGUAAGUGCUCCUCACAAAAGUUGUCAUGUAUGUGACAAAGCAAGCGACGCAGUCAAGACAUGUACUCGGUGCAAGAUGGUCGAUUAUUGUUCCAAGAAGUGCCAGCGUCAGGAUUGGAAAAGUCACAAACUACAAUGUAAAGAUCCGGAGGAAGACGUUUACGAGAGCAUAACUACAGACGGUUAUCGACGAGAGAAAACGUUCGCCUCAGAAUCAGCAAAAUCGGCAGGCAGUGGUUCUUUUAAUCGCCCUCGUCCUUUCCCCAAAACACCAGACUUUUCUCACCGUUCGUAUGCUAAACCAGGCGCCCUUGACAAAGUUAAAAGUCUGACGUGGAAGGCUUUUCCAGGCUGCACCAUUUUGGACUUUUUCCGGGAGAUCCCACAUGAGCUAUUCGGAAUGAGACCACGUGGUACCUCUAGAGUGGCUGUGGGGUUUAUUUCGCGAUAUCACACAUAUUUUCUGCGACAUUGCAUAUAUUUACAGGACAAAGAUGGAGAUGAAGUAUAUGUGGGGUUUUACUUUGAGCGUGACGAGCCCCGACCUUAUUUCCGGUGGAGUGACGUCGUUCCCGGACGGUACCUGUGUAUAGCAGAUCCGUACAUCCACCAGUUCCUCGACGGCUCCGUGGGCAUCAAAGUAGAUGACCCGUCUACCGUUCGCGCGUUUUCAGUUUAAAUACAUUUUGUAGCUUUGAAAUAUCAUUUGCUGACUUCCAUCCCUUAUGCAGAUGUCACUUUGGUUGGGCGACAAAUUAAGUUAAUUAAAAUACAACAAAAAUAAGUAAAACGAAAUUAAAUGAAUAAAUUAAUAAGAUAUACUGAAAAGUUGUGAUUUACCACUUGUAUACAUAUUGGCUAGUUAUCUUUCUGUAAUUUAUGAGUAAUACAAUUGAAUGCAGUUUGCUUUUGUCUUCUGUUACUAGUGAUUAUUUUUGUUCAACUUAUCUAUCAAUCUUGCUAUAAGGGAAUAUUUGUGAUAACUGACACAUUCAUACACAAUAUCACUAUCCCAACCUGCUAAACGUUGGCCAAUACCUGUAAUUUAAAAUAAACAUUUUGUUUUGAAACAAGUAACAUUUAUAUUAUACAAUUAUUACAUUUUUGAGUCCGGUGAAGAGGAGCUAUAUUGGCUUCUGUAUUCGAAUCUAACUUAAGCUUUAACUUUUAACAUUAACAAAUUAUUAGAAAUGGACCACAUGUAUUGAUUGUUAGCAUGUCUGAUAAACGAUUUUAUUGUAAACUAAUUAGUCGGAGAACCAUACCUUGUUUCAUAAUCGUCAACACUUUCCUGUUUUUACACGUUAUUUCACACUUAUCUAGUCCACCACCUGUUAAACUUGUGUUGGAAUGUGUGAUUAUAUAUAUAAGGCUUUUUGCUAAAAUUGGAUUCUUUUUGAUGGGUGUAUACCCGUAUCACUAUUUGGAUAGUAUGGUGAUAACCGCAGCAUACUACAUACAAAACCGAAAGUAAAACUGAAAGUUUGAUAAAAGAAUAGUUUUGGGUUAUCACUAGGAAAGGAUACAUCUAUUAUAUAUGUAUAUAUGUGUCAGUUUGGCAGACUAUUUAAGCUAUCCUGCCAUGAUGUACACAUAAUAGUGGGAUGAUAUAUAGGUAACAAAUAGUUUACUUAUCAUGAUUGCCUCUCUACGUCUUUUAAAAAAAAUAAAGAACCGAUACAUAAAAAUAUAGCAUUAUCUCUACAACACUAAUACACACCAAUCGAUAAACAGGUCACUUUCCGUACAGUGUAUCUUAGUUUGCUUAAAAUUUACGAUGCCAGAAUUUCCAAAAAAACAUAUCUUAUCUAAGGUUACUUUCAUGUGGGACAUACAUGCAUAAACACGUCAGAAAAUAUUGAUCCGGUAGUCUGAUGUGUAAGUUUGUUAUUUUACUGAGGACCAGGCAAGCGGGUAUAGGCUUCUCGGUUGAAACACAAUCGAACCCGACACAUCAGCCAAGUAAACAGUAAGUAUCGUGUAUGAUUGUGAACAGGGAUUUUUUAAAACAAUGAAUAAUAUUGUACUACUGUUGAAAUCCAUGAAUAGCUAUACAGUUGAUGUGAUAUAUACUUUGAAUGGAUUGCCAGUAGCUAAGUGGGAUACGGUAUAUGUUUAACAGUCCCCUACCUUGAGAGUGUUACUUAGAAAUCUCCAAGUGACAUUUCUGUCCUGUUUAACUUGAGACUCUACCAAGAAAAGGCAGCCAUACAAUCACCUCGAGGGUUGGACAUUUCUCUGUUACACUCUCAAAGUAGAGGUUGAUUAGUUUUGUUCCAUCUUAUGAUCUGUGUCACAAAAACAUAUGGUGCGUAUGAAUAUAGUCAAUCGUUUUUUAUGACGUCACAAUUUAUCGCAUGGUACAUGUACUUUGAUCGCGUCUAUCAACCUCUAAUGGGUGAUAACCUGAUCGUUCUCUCCGCUAAAAUGGCAGACCAAACUUAUAAAGGAUGAGAGAUAGUAUAUCGUUGACAAUGACUGGGAGGGGUACGAUAUCAUAUGUAAAUAUGGUUGACAAUGACUGAAGGUCACACUGAGUCUGGUAAGUUUGCUGGACACUGACUGAAGGUCACACCGAGUCUGGUAAGUUUGCUGGACAAUGACUGAGAUGGGUUUUAUAUUUGUUGCAUAUGAAUCUUUUAACUUGGCCGUGAUUGUUUUCACCAUCUCUGCCUUCGUUCUUACUUUCUAAUACUUGAUUUAUAUGUACUUCUCACCUUCGAUCUAUAAAUGACAGAUAAUCAAACAGAAAAGGUCCGGUAUGAUAUGAUUAGAAUCUAGAUUGUUGUUCUUUCAUGUCAGAGAUGAUGUGAUACUUUAGUUUGGUAUCUCGAGGGUAAGUAUAAACCAUUGAAGAUUGCAAAAUAACGAAACAUAUAUCUUGUUUAUGUAAAAACGUCAUGUGAAUGCUUUAUAUAAUAUAUCACAGAAUGAUAAUGAUAAUGCUGAUGAUAAUAAGGUAAAAGUUAUGAAAACUUGAUUCUGUUAUGGAAACUUAUGAAUCAGUCAUGGGGUACGCUUCAUUUAAAUUUUAGCUAGUAAUAGUUUUGAUGUCCACUGAAAGCUAUACAAACCUUACACGAACCAGUCUUAUCUAUAUGUAAAUCACUUUAUCGGAGAAGACAUAUUAAUCGUCUAACAAGUACAAACAAACCCUGAAACUGGGUAACGAAAUAUAUGGACACACGCUAUCGGUAUUUCUUAUCUAGUAGGUGGAUGCUAUUUUGAUAUAAAGUAAAUACUGAAAGUGUAUUAUAGACAUACAAAUAGUUUAUAAGAAAAAGCUUAAAAGAUAGAAAGUAGUAACGUAAUAAUACAAUUGAUAAUUGUUUUAGGAAACACCCCUUUGAGGAUAUGGAUCCGAAGAUGUAUUCGUUAGGACUUGACUUCCCUAUGUAAACAGCACCCGGAACUGCAAUCAUUUCAGUUUAAUAAUAUGGAAAACAAAUGUGAAGUUUGUGAUAAGAAAACUUCGAGUCUUCGGCGGUGUUCGGCAUGUCAACAGGUGUAUUACUGUUCUACCGUAUGUCAGAGGGAAGACUGGAAACGUCAGCACAGGGUCAAGUGUAAAGAGAUUCAAAAACGUGAACAAACUGAACAAGCCGAAAAUCCAAAAGAUUUAUGUAAUUUUCCUUUUAGUGGGAAAACACUAUAUCCACCUCAUGGAGUUUCGAAUGAGGUGUUUAUGGAAUACAUGAGAAAGAAAGUAUCUUUCCAUGUCGCGUCAGAUCUUUUAUCAGACAACGAGCUUGUCUUUGAUGGCAAUCUUGAUGAACACAAUAAUAAAGAAGGAACAGGAAGUAAUUGUUACAAAAAAUGUUUGGUGUGUGGUGAAGCAAGCGAGACAGUCAAGACAUGUGCGCGGUGCAAGAAGGUGGAUUAUUGUUCUAAAAAGUGUCAGCGUCAGGAUUGGAAAAGUCACAAACUACAAUGUUAUGAUCCGGAGGAAGACGUCUACGAGAGCAUACCUACAGACGGUAAUCGACGAGAGGAAACGUUCGCCUCAGAAUCAGCAAAGUCGAGGGGUGCUUAUGAUCGAAGACGUCUCUUGCCGAAAAUGCCAAACCUUUCACAUCGUUCGUAUGUCAAACCAGGCGCCCUUGACACAGUUAAGAGUCUGACGUGGAAGGUUUUUCCAGGCUGCACCAUUUUGGACUUCAUCCGGGAGAUCCCACACGAGCUGUUAGGAAUGAGACCACGUGGUACCUCUAGAGUAGCUGUUGGGUUUAUUUCACGAUAUCACAGAAAUGUGCUGCGACAUUGCAUAUAUUUACAGGACAAAGAUAGAGAUGAAGUAUACGUGGCGUUUUAUUUGAACCAUGACGAGCCCCGACCUUAUUUCCGGUGGAGUGACGUCGUUCCCGGACGGUACCUGUGUAUAGCAGAUCCAUACAUCCACCAAUUCCUCGACGGCUCCGUGGGCAUCAGGGUAGAUGACCCGUCUACCGUCCGGGUGUUUGCAGUUUAAAAACACUUUGUAAAUGGUAUUUGGAAGUCUUCAAAUGUGAAAUAACGUGAUUUGAAAUAGCAUUGGCUGACUUUCAAUAUCUAAGCGCAUUCUACUUUGUUCUGUCCUCAUGUAAAUCUUACUUAGAUUGAGCGGAGUUUAGAUUUCUAAAAUAGAGAUAAAAAUAAAGAAACGAAGAAAUAAAUAAAAUGGGUACUUGUGAUACGCAGAGACGUUGAAUAUCAUUCUGUAAUAUAUAACAUUCAGACAUGAUAUCAUGAACAAUACAUAUAUAAAUGUAAUAUACAAUUAUUGUAAAACGUAUAUGAAUACAUAGUAAGGUAACUACUCAGUAAACUAAGCAUACAGAUAAUGUAAUUAUAUCAUUGAUGAACGCUUAAAAAUAACCAAUUCACAGCGUAAGCAUCAUCUAACUGAAUACAAUUCUCUAUAUCCAGGGUUUACGCUCACUUUUGCUCUCUACACCCCUGGAAUCUGUCAUAACAAAAUUGAAGGCACGAAGAUAGCUGUUUGAUUCGUCUCAGGUACAAAAAACUGCCCAAUCGCUAAACUGAUACCUGUCUUUUGAAGAUUACAAAAGAGAGACGCUCGACUUCAAAGCCUGUCAAUUUUUACCGUUACGUGACCGCGAGAUUCUUUUGAUGUAUUGAAAUGACAUAUAACGAUUAAAACCUUAUUAUGGAUGGUGAUAUCAUUAUGUGCUUAAUCAAAAUAUGAAUUUCACAACCACCGGCCGGAGCGUCUAUUCCUCCCUGGGAAGGGAUAACGUUUACUUUGCUACAUUACUUCACUUUUAUUUGACAAUAACCUGCUAUACAUAUGUAAUGUUUGUUUUUGUCAUAUCAUAAUAACGAAUAACAAUUGGUGUAUAACUCAGGCGACUGUUAAGGCCUAUGGGGCUAUUACUUUUAUGUACUGUUUAAAUUAGAUGCAUUUAUAUUGGCUUCUAAGAAUACUUCCCCUACUUCCCUUUUAAGAUGUCUGUUACAGCGACAUGUCACAUGCUAAUAAGGUGUGUUUCACAGUAUAUAAAGAUAUAAAGUACAUAAUAUGUAUAUAUACUGUGAUGCCCAUGUGUUAUGUAUCUUCCAUUAUAUAUAUGUGUGUGCCUGGUAGUAUGUGACAUGUCCCUAGCUUGUAGGUUACGGAAGUAAGUACUAUAAAAGGAUUCAAAUUUCAAAUAUUUCAUUUCAACAUGGAUCGAGUGUCGAAUAUAUAGCACAGAUAUUUAAAAAAGACUGUUUAAAACAGUUGGUUCUCAAACAGAAUUUGUACUGUAUCAAUAGAAAUAUUUUUGUUUUUUUGUG